AUGAUGGAUAGGAAUAGCACCACAGUGACAGAGUUCAUUCUGCAAGGAUUUACAGAAUACCCAAAGGUACAGAUCAGCCUCUUUGCAGUAUUCCUUGUCCUCUAUCUUUUUACUUUAGUAGGGAAUAUGGUGAUGGUUGUGUUGAUCUGGAACAGCCCUCAACUCCAUACCCCUAUGUACUUCUUCCUGAGACACUUUUCCUUUAUGGAUGCCUGCAUAGCCUCAACCAUUGCCCCCAAGAUGCUGCUGAACUUACUAGCAGAGAGCAAAACCAUCUCUUACAGUGGGUGCAUCAUCCAGUUUUUCAUGUUUUGUGCUUUUACUGAUGUAGAAUCCUUCAUCCUGGCUGCCAUGGCAAUAGAUCGCUAUGUGGCCAUUUGCAAGCCAUUGUCCUACACAGUCAUCAUGUCAAAGCCACUCUGUAUUUGGCUGCUCGUUGGCGCAUAUGUUGGAGGGGUUGUGAGUUCUCUCAUACACACCUGUGCAUCUCUAAGACUAUCCUAUUGUGGGGGGAAAUAUGUCAACCAUUUCUUCUGUGAUCUGGCUGCCCUGAUGGACCUCGCUUGCUCAGACACAUCCCUCAAUGAGCUUCUCCUUUUCACCUUCGGCACCAUCGUUGAAGCCUUCAACACUGUGACUGUUAUCACCUCCUAUGCCUUCAUAAUCAGGACUAUUGUCAGGAUGCGUUCCUCAAAAGGAAGGCUCAAAGCCUUCUCUACCUGUGCCUCUCACUUGACAACUUUUGCUCUGUUCCAUGGCACCAUCCUCUUCAUGUACUUCCGACCCAGUUCCAACUUUGCAAUGGACACAGACAAAAUGAUCUCAGUCUUUUACACUCUCAUCAUCCCCAUGUUGAAUCCCCUGAUCUAUAGCCUGAGGAACAUAGAGGUAAAAGAUGCCCUAAAGAAACUGACAAGGAAGAAUAUACAUCCUCUAUAA